AUGUUCAAAAGUGUAACUGAACUGAGGGCGAACAAGUUUGGAGAAGACUUACAUAAUCUGUUUACACACGGCUUGGUCACAAGUGAGCGGCGACAGUGGCUGCAGACAGACAGCGCUCGGUGGAAACGCUUUAUAUUACACACGGUCAGCUGCCGUUGGUUCGUGUCACAACCAUACGGAGACAGGCACAAAACUGAAGUUGCAAACGCUUGUGGAACUGUUGAGUACGUGUCGUCGUUUUCACACGGACCAGCGGCCUUCCCAGACAUGGCAACUUGCACGCGGAUUGUGUGGAAAGUUUUAGCGGGAUGUCAGAGGCAGCUACUGGGAGCCAGUGGUCCCGCCUACACAGGCGCCUCACAGAUUGCACCGAGGAAUUUACCUGUCAGGACUUUUGCUGCUGUCAAGGCACUAAAGAACACCAAAAAAGAUGACAAAGAGAAGCAGGAGAAGAAGGAAAAGAGAGUCAUUGAUGACAAAGACAGACAUAAGCCCUUUGGCAAGACGGCAUGGACACCUGUGGAUGAUGUGUACAUUAUGAGGUACUACCCCAGGACCAUCUAUGACGCAGGAGAUGCCAUCGACAUGCUGAAAAACUUUCAAGCAUUGGACUUUUCCCCCCGCAAGCAGCCUGUUUACAUCGAUCUGAGGCUAAACAUGAAACUGGAGAAGAAGAAAAAAGUGAGCCCCUUCGUCAGCACGGUGCUCUUACCGCACCCCUUUAGGGAAGAGAUGAGCAAAGUUUUAUUUUUUACUGAGGAUGCUAAUCAAGCUAAAGUUGCCAAGGACAAUGGAGCUGCGUAUGCUGGAGGAACAGAGCUCAUACAGCUGGUCUUAGAUGACAAGAUUUCAGCAGAUACCUAUCUAGCAGUCCCAGAUAUACUGCUGAAGCUUGCACCGCUGAAAGACAAGCUGAGGAAGAAGUUUCCCAAGGCCAAAAGAGGCUCAGUCGGCGUCCACAUCGUCAAGAUGUUGGAGUUGUUUAAAACAGGUCAUGAAUACAUGGUGGAGAGUGACUGCUAUGUUAGGACCCAGAUCGCCACGCUCGACAUGCCCAAAGAACACAUCUUCGCCAACCUGCAAACAAUCCUGACUGACGUUUGCUCCCACCGACCAGCCGACAUGGGACCUUUCAUCGAGCGGGCGAUCAUUGCCAGUCACACCAGUGAAGCUUUGUGGUUCAAGAGUGAAGACUUUUUACCGAAACCAGCUGGGGAGGCGGCAGAAUGACGGGUCUCAGAUUGUAUAUAUUCGCUGUACUGAAUAAAGUAUCUGUUCUGAGUUGGA